CUCCAUACAUUGCUUCAGCAGUAAGGGCGGAAGUGCCUGGGAAAAGCAGAAGAGCAGCUGAGACUGGUCAAAGCAACAUGGAUUGUUACACGGCCAACUGGGACCCUUUGGGGGAAGCGGCUUAUUACAGGAAACUGGAUCUUUAUAGCAUGGGGUGGAACCUGAAGGAAGACUUGCAGGACUGCUUGGUUGCUGCAGCUCCUUAUGGAGGACCCAUUGCCUUGCUAAAAAAUAGAAAAGAGAAGUCUCCCAGUUCCCGACCGCCUCUCGAAAUCUACACGGCUUCAGGGGUCCUUUUAGCAAGCAUUCUGUGGAAGAAUAGCCCGGUGGUGCAUCUGGGCUGGACCACCAGCGAGGACCUCCUCUGCGUCCAGGAGGACGGGUCAGUCCUCGUCUACAGCAUUUUCUGCGAGUUCAAGAAGUGCUUUAGCAUGGGCAACGAAGUCCUGCAGAACCGUGUGCUGGAGGCCAAAGUGUUUCACACUGAAUAUGGCACCGGCGUGGCUAUUCUCACCGGGGCGCAUAGGUUCACCAUGACCACUAACGUGGCCGAUUUGAAGCUCCGCCGGCUGCCUGAGGUGCCAGGCCUUCAGAAGCCGCCCUCCUGCUGGACAGUCUUGUGCCAGGACAGAGUGACCAUUGUCCUCCUCGCCGUGGGACAGGACCUGUACCUCCUGGACAAUACGACCUGCUCCCUCGUGACCUUGCCGGGGCUGAGUCCCAAUGCGGGCUCCUACCUGCGCAUGGCGGUCUCCUUCAACUACCGCUUCUUGGCACUCUUCACCGACACCGGAUACCUCUGGAUGGGGAGGUCCCACUUAAAGGAAAAAUUGGGUGAAUUCAGCUGUGAAUUUCGAAAUCCGCCAAAGCAGAUGGCUUGGUGCACCCGAUCGCACAGCAAGCAGCGCGCCGUGGUCCUGGCCUGGGAUCGGCGCCUCGUGGUGGCUGGGAACGGAGACCAGUGCAUCCAGUACCCUCUGGAUGAGGAUACGUAUCUUGUGCCGGAACUGGACGGGGUGCGGAUUUUCUCCCGUUCCACCCAUGAAUUCCUCCAUGAGAUUCCAGAGGCCAGCCAGGAAAUAUUUAGGAUCGCCUCCAUGGCUCCAGGGGCUUUGUUGUUGGAGGCUCAAAAGGAGUACGAGAAAGAGAGCCAGAAAGCCGAUGAAUAUUUGCGGGAGAUCAAGGACCAGAAUUUGCUUCCCGAGGCAGUCAGGCAGUGCAUUGAAGCAGCCAGCUAUGAGCAAGAGCCAGAAAUCCAGAAAUCUCUUCUUCGGGCGGCUUCUUUUGGGAAAUGCUUUGUGGACAAGUUCACACCGGAGAGUUUUGUGGAGACCUGCCGAGACCUGCGAGUGCUGAACGCUAUCCGGGAUUACCAGAUCGGGAUCCCUCUGAGCUUUGACCAAUACCGGCAGCUCACCACUGAAGUUUUACUUGACAGGCUGGUUUUGCGGAGACUUUACCCAGUUGCGAUCAAGAUCUGUGAGUACCUGCGCCUCUCCGAGUUCCAGGGCAUCAGCCGGAUCCUGGCGCAUUGGGCUUGUUACAAGGUGCAGCAGAAGGACAAGUCUGAUGAAGAGGUGGCACAAGCCAUUAACCAAAAACUGGGCGACACUCCUGGCAUUUCCUAUUCGGAGAUUGCUGCCCGGGCCUAUGAGUGCGGACGGACAGAGCUGGCCAUUAAGCUUCUGGAAUAUGAGCCUCGAUCCGGGAAGCAGGUCCCUCUGCUGCUGAAGAUGAAGAGGAGCCAGCUGGCCCUGAGCAAAGCCAUUGAGAGUGGAGACACCGAUUUGGUGUACACAGUCAUCUUGCACCUGAAGAACGAGCUCAACCGCGGCGCCUUCUUCAUGACCCUGCAAAACCAGCCGGUUGCCAUGAGCCUCUAUCGCCAGUUCUGCAAGCACCAAGAAUUGGAUACGCUCAAAGACCUCUACAACCAAGAUGACGACCACCAAGAACUCGGCAACUUCCAUGUGCGCUCCAGCUACGUCAACGAGAAGCGGAUCGAGGGACGGGUGGCCAGUUUGCAGAAUGCAGUGGAUGAAUAUUACAAAGCCAAGAAUGAGUUUGCAGCCAAGGCCACGGAGGACCAGAUCAAACUCCUUCGCAUUCAGCGGCGGCUCCAGGAUGACUUUGACAAGCCGUACCUGGACUAUUCUCUCCACGACACUGUCUACAACCUCAUCUUGGAAGGGAACCACAAGCGGGCCGAGCAGCUCUAUCGGGACUUCAAGAUCCCAGAUAAAAGGUUCUGGUGGCUGAAGAUCAAUGCCUUGGCUGAGCAGGGAGACUGGGAGGAGAUGGAGAAGUUCUCCAAGUCGAAAAAGUCCCCCAUCGGAUACCUGCCCUUUGUGGAGAUCUGUAUGAAGCACCACAACCGCCACGAGGCCAGGAAGUUCGCUCCCCGCGUGGCUCCAGAGCAGAGGGUGAAGGCCUUCCUCCUGGUUGGGGACCUGAACCAAGCUGCGGACGCUGCCAUCGAGCGCAAAAACGAGACGGAGAUGAGCCUGGUCCUGUCCAAAUGCAACGACACAGCGGUCGCUGCCAAGAUCAACCACGCAAAGGCUCAGCUCGGGAAGAAGUAACAGACCUGUAACCCUGGCUGCAGUUCUGUCCUGGCUUUUCAGGGCUUGGUUGUGAGCUGCCGGUCUGGAGGUUUGGAUCUGAGUGACCGCCCAGGUCUAAGCGAGGUCCUUAAGAUGCCACAAAGUGUUACCUGGUUGCAAAGAUGAGCAAAUGGACAGAGGAGAGGUGUGGUCAUUGCCUUCCUUCCCUCCCUCUCAUUUCCAUGCAUUGGCUACAGAUGGUUUUGUGCAGACAAGUUACUCCUUUCUUUCUAUCUUUCCCAUUUCUGUGACUGUUUACACCAUCUUGUUCCAUUUUCCCUGCCUUUCCAUGACCUCUCAGGUAUAAGAGACAAAUGCACACCACACCUUUGCUCUUGUUCCUCAGCUGCUCAAAUUAUUAUUAAUGUCCCCUUCUUUUCAUCUCCUCUGAAAAUAAGUCAGCUGCUUCUCCUUCUUUGCUGACAACUUGUCCUUUCCUUGUGUCUCCGUUGCCACGCAAAUUUGUGCAACUAAAUUGUACCGAGUCUUUGUAUUGCUUUGCACAAGAAAUGCAUAAGUGACAGACAUUAAAUCUAUUGACAGAGGGGUUGAAAGGAUGCUCAGCCUUUUUUGUAAACAUCUCAGCCCUGAGCCUGCAAAGGGAAAGAACCGAGUUUGUUACAGUUGCCACCUUAAAACAGAACUUGAUUUGCUUUGGGUACAUCUCUCCAGAGUUGUCUUUCACCUGUAAAUUUGUAAAGCAAGACAAUUCCUUCGUUGGAAAUAAAAUCAUUUAAAAAACUG